AUGUUUGCUCCCGGCAAGCCCAAGAUCAAAACGAGAACCGUCCUCGUGAAGAAAGCACCCACCCCCACAGCGAACCCCUCACCGUCACCACACACACGACCAGGCAACGGCACACGUAGUCACAGCGCAUCAGGGCCGCCAUCGAAUCGAUACCAGUCCACCCCGCGCUCGCAAGCAGCCGCACGGGAACCAGCGCGCAAGUCGGUUUCCGUGUCGCGUGUCGACACUCGCAAGCGCAAGGGCACCGAUACACCGCAAUGGGCAAGCAGCGACGAAUCCAGCGAUGAUGAGGACAGUGACCGGCUGGGCGUCAAGCGACGGAGAACGCGGCCCGCGAGUAAUAGUAUUGAGCCUAUGAGUCUGAACCGCGCACUCGAGCCGGACUUGAAGAGACGUAUACGAACAGAGGAGGCAGACACAAAGGCCAAGGCGAACGGGACUUCGAACGGGACAUCAAAUGGAGUUGCAAACGGCACAAACGGCACGUCGGAUAUGCUGAAGAUGGCACAGGAAAACGCCGCCUUCAGGAAGAAAAAGGCCGUGUCGGGGAAGAGCACACUAAAACACGGUUUCGAAAUGACAAAAGACGACGUCGCAAAAGCCUACAAAUCCGCAUUCCCCGGUAGCGAGAAGAAGUUCACUGUCGAACUCCAAUACCCCAGCCUAUCACGCCCCGAGAAAUUCGAAGCCGUAGCGCGCAAAGAGGUAGACGAAGAAUACAGCCCCCUAGACGACAUCUACUUCAGCAUAGAAGAAAUCAUCCAGCACUAUCUCCCACCCGACCUCGCUGCCGAACUCUCCUCCGACGCCCUAGGUACCGUCCGCCUCCUAAAGCGCGCCGUAACCAAAGACGACCCGGAACUCUUCAAAGCUGAACUCGCCAAAUUCAACAAGCUGAUCAAGGACCAAUAUGCAGAUGGCACCAUACCACGUAUCCUCGACGACAUGCACGCCAUCCCCCUCAGCCUCGUCAAGCGCAUAACAGCACAAUCCUACAACCGCAUCGUCUCCCCACACGCACACCGCCUGCGCAAAGUCGAAGGAAAAGAGACCACCUACGGCGAACUCUUGACGCCUUUUGUCCACAAAAUCUUUGCGCAAACAGGGCUAAACAGCACACACACGUUUGUUGAUCUGGGUUCCGGUGUAGGCAACGUCGUCCUACAAUCCGCUCUCCAAACCGGCGCCGAAUCCUGGGGCAUCGAGAAGAUGAAACUAGCCGCCUCCCUCGGAUCGGAACAAGCUGCCGAACUCAAAGCGCGCAGUAAACUCUGGAACAUUACGCUCGGUCGCAUCGAGCUUAUCGAGGGGGAUUUCUUGGAAUCCCCGGAGAUUGAUGAGGUGCUGAGAAGAGCGGAUGUCGUGCUGGUGAACAACAAGGUGUUUGGCGAGACGCUGAAUAAUUUGCUGUUGCAGAAGUUUUUGGAUCUCAAACAGGGAUGCAAGGUGGUUAGUCUGGAGAGCUUCGGUGGGGGUGCCAAGCAAGGGGUUAGGAAUGAACAGAGUAUUGCGGGAUUGUUUGAUGAGGAGAAGUAUGAGAGUGGGACCAACAGCGUUAGUUGGGCGGGCGAGAGUGUUGAGUAUUUCAUCGCGGAGAAGGCGAGGUGA